ACUCGCUUUUCUCUCCAUUCAAGCCACAGCUCUGACCGAGCAGUCGAGUAGCCUAGUCUACAACAAAACAUUUACAGCUCACCCAGCUACUUUUAUCGCCUUUUUUCAUUUUGUUGAGUGACGCUGUAACAUUUCCAUCACCCGGAGCAGACUCUGAAGUCAUUUUGCGCUGUGUACAGCCUUGUCUGCUGAAGCCAUGUUUUCCAAAGCCACUGCCAACAUCGUUCGCCAGAUUGACCCUGAAGGAAGCCUCAUUCACGUGUCCCGACUAAAUGACUCACAGAAGCUAUUUCCCAUGGCGCUAGUUGUCAAACGCAACCGCUUCUGGGCCUGGCAGCGACCUAAAUACCAACCAACAGAUUUCAGCCUUGGUGACCUGUUGCAGGGUAAUGAGAAGCUCAGUCCUGGAGUGUCUGAGGAGGAUUUUCUGACCUAUAGCGGGGCCCAUAUGGACAGAAUCACAGGCAAAGUGGAGACCCAGGCCGGUCCUGUCAGUGCCACCUUGGAGGGACGAGGUUCUUACAAUCUCCAGUCAUCUUUUGGAAAGCUGAAGAAAAAGGAGCUGGAUGUGAAGAGGCUUGUGCGUGACUCUGAAACAAGGAUGGUGAACAUGCAGCACAUGCUGAUGCAGCAGCUGGAGAAGAAAGCUGAAGUACUAGCAGUGGUCAAAGACAUAGUCAUCACCGCUGAAUCCUGCAGCAUCAAACAGACAAAGAAGGAGCAGUGUGCCUUGCAGGGGGUACUGGGGCUGGUGGGAUUGCUUGGGAGCUUUCUUAAGGUGUGUGUGAGCGACAGAAGCAGCAUUCACCUGGACAGUGAUGAGUCUCUGGAGAUCCCCCCCGGUACAGUCGUUGCAUACAGUGUCCGGGAACUGGAGAUUAAAAGCAAUGGACACUUUAUGAUAUGCCUUCAACCUGGUACUAUAGGAGGCAUUGAGUCAGACUCUGUAUCGCACUGGAACUCCCAUGAUUCCUUGAAUGUGGUAGACGGAAGGAUCAACGACUCACAGGAAAGGGACCUUUUCCCACUGGCUGAGCUCCCCCAGUCAACUAGAUCUGAACUGUUCAAGAAACUCCAAGACACGAUGAAGGAUAAAUAUGCUCUGUCAAUGUUCCAGUCUGCUCUGGAGGAAAGUCGUCUUGAGGACACGUCUGAUGUCCCUGCUCAUUUGAAUGCCAUUCACCUUCUGGUCAGUGCCAUGGAAGAGUUGCCUGAUGAAACUCUGAACCUUCUGAGUAAAAGUCAUCCUGAUUUUCUGGAAGCCUUCAAUAUGCUGAUAUUCGGGUUAAAGGAGAGCUGCCUGCAUCUCCCCGUCCAGUCUCUUCCCGUCUCACUGAAGGACAACCAGAACUUCCAACUGGCAGAACAGCUGCUCUUAUCCACCGACGUGACGCUGACUAGACGCAACGACGAGUUGUGGGCAGAGACAAAGACUGACCCACAAGUUCUCCCAUUGGUCCUGUGCCUUAGCGUACAUGGACUGACCUUGUUGUGCAAAGAGCAACAGCUGUAGGCGUCAUUUUUUAAAUUUUAAUUUUAAUUUUUUUCAUCAUGGAUUGUAUUUUUUCCAUUUCUUUCUUUCUUUCUUUCUUUCUUUCUUGCUGCUAAGUUCACUAACUGCAUGAAGUGUAUAAAUAUAUACAGUAUAUUAUUUUUUAAUAUUUUACGGUGGCACAAUGAUAAUAUUGAUUUAUAUGAAUAUUGCAGAUACUCUAUAUUACAUAAAAUCUAUUUCUUAUUUAUUAAUCUGUUUUUAUUAAAAAUAAUAAUAAUAAAAAUAAAAGGCUUGAUUCAUUAGUAGGCGGAGACAGUUCAAUGACACCUAGGCUGUUGUGUCCACUGAAAAUGUAGAGUCACAAAGCAAAAAAAAAAAAUAAAGAAAUGUUUACAUGUUAUAAACAUAUAGUUUUUAUUAAACUGUACCAUUUGGGUAAGCUGUAUUGUAUUGCUGCUAUUUAUACUGCUUAGAUAAUGCUAUAAACUAAGUUAAUCAGGAACAUGAAAAGUAUCAAAGCUACAAAGUACCAAAGAAUUAUGUUAAAAAGCCAUGUCUAUUUUUUGAUAUUUGAUAUGAACGAUAUUUAUAAGUUAACUACAGAGCUGUCUUUGCUAUGACCUUACUGUCACUUUAAUAUUUGUCAACUUUCUGAGCUGUAGUAAAACACUUUAUUACUUUUUAAUCAUUAAAAUAUAUAUUUUCAUCAA